AUGAGCAGCGACGGCGAGGAUUUCGUGAUCGAAGGCCCCGAGCUGGCCGAGGACGACCCCAUGCGCGCAUUCCUCCCAGCUUCAUUUGGGAAAAAGUCAAAGGAAGCCAAUAUCGCAGCUCAGAUCGACCGGAGCCGAAGAGUGGCGGAGAAGCCCUUGGCAGGAACGCCCCACGAGGCAUCCGCAGCAGGUCCGCCAUCAGCUGUUCAGAAAGAGGAGAAGUCCGACUCAGACAAUGACAGUGAUAGCGAUGACUCCGACUCGGACGACUCUGAAGAUGGCGACGACUACCCAGUUUCGCAUGAACUGGUUUUGAAAACGCACGAAAGAGCCGUGACAACGGUCACACUGGACCCGGCUGGAGGACGACUCGUGUCGGCGUCGCUUGACUGCAAAAUCAACCUGCACGACUUCGCGUCCAUGACACCGAGCACUCUCCGAGCCUUUCGAAGCGUCGACCCAUGGGAAGCGAAGUCCUCCGCGACGAACGCCGAGUCGCACCCAAUCCACCAUGUCGAGUUCAACCCCCUCUCCGGGAGCGUCUUCCUUUGCGUUUCCGCCCACCCGCAGGCCAAGAUUAUGUCGAGGGAUGGCGACAUUGUGACCGAGUUCGUCAAAGGCGACAUGUACUUGAGGGACAUGAACAAUACCAAGGGUCACAUUUCGGAAGUUACGACGGGAACUUGGCACCCCAAUGACAGGAACCUCUGCGUCACUGCCGGAACCGAUAGCACUCUCCGAAUCUGGGACAUCAACAACAAACGCAGCCAGAGGGACGUGAUUGUCUUCAAGUCAAAAGCAGCAGGGUCUGCGGGUCGAACAAGGAUGACUGCGGUCGCAUGGGGUGCGCCGGCGCAAGGCGGCAACAACGUGCUUGUUGCCGCCGCGCUGGACGGCUCACUGGUUAUGUACAGCGGCAACAGCCCAUUCUCAAGGCCCACGGCUGAGAUUCGAGACGCCCACAAACCGGAUACCUGGACUGGAGGCGUCGAUAUCUCUUCCGACGGACGGAUGGUCGUAACGCGAGGAGGCGAUAACACGAUCAAGCUGUGGGAUACACGAAAGUUCAAGACGCCUCUUGUCACGGUGGACCAUGCGUCAACGUCGGAUCAUUUCCCGAUGAGCAACAUCAGAUACUCGCCAAACUCGACCAGCAUCCUGACGGGCUCUGCAACAGGCGAUCUGCACAUUUUGAAUCCUGGAAACCUGCGCCCCGAACAUGUUACGCCAAUCACUCCAGGCGCGCCUCUAAUCACCGUCAACUGGCAUCCCAAAAUCAACCAGAUUGUCACGGGUUCAGCAAAUGGCGAGACGCACGUGCUAUACAACCCGACCAUGUCCACUCGAGGCGCCGUCGAGGUUAUGUCGCGGGCGCCGAAGAAGCGGCACAUUGACGACGACCCCUCUCGAACGACGGACAUGUCGGUUGGCAUCUCGGGAGAUUCCAUUGUUACACCGGGCAGCGUAAUGGCUGGCAGGAGGAAUGCGGGAGUGACGGCGUCUGGCAAGUCAAAAGACCCCAGAAGACCGGCUGUCCUGGAGCAAACGCCAUUUAUGAGGAAUCAGCCCGACGAAAAGCAUAUCGCUGAGAACAUUCCCCUGGCAAAGAUGCUCCACGAAGACCCUAGGGAAGCACUACUCAAAUAUGCCGACGCUGCGCAGAAAGAUCCAAUGUUCACUGCUGCGUGGCAGAAAACGCAGCCAGUAACCCAGUACGCGGAUGUGAGCGACAACGAGGAGGAAGGUCCGGACAAGAAGAAGGUGAAGAGGUGA